AAAGAUGCUAACAGGUCACGGGAGGUCCGACACUUGUUGCCAAUCAAGCUGAGCAAAGGCUGCAGUGUGGGGAGAUAGAGCGAGUUAAAGUUUAACCUGAGCCGAUUGUUAAACAGUCGCCCGGCUGAACCUUUGGAUUUUUGAUAUGAUGAUUACAGAAUAACAUUGGUGACACGUCGCAAACCUCAUCAUAAUCAAGGAGGAUUUUUCCGGGCGCUGAUCUCUGAAAUUGCUCAGGACAAGAUGGUGCACAGCCACACGAAGUUAACUCAGGGAGAUAGAGGCAGCUGCAUGUUCUGAUUGCCAUGGAGAUGAUGAUGACGGUGAUGGCUACUUCUGAGGCCUGGCCAGCAGCUGGGCUGAAGUCACUGAGGAUGGCAGUAUCCUUAUACCUAAUCCUUCUUCUCAUAUCCCACUUCUCCCUCAGCCCACACUCUCUUCUGAUUUACAAGCCAUAGAUGAUUGAGCACCUCUAAUUAUCCUGAUUUAUUUUGCUGAUAAUCACACACAAUGGAAUCAAAUCAAAAAAACGGGGAUGGAUUGACCGGAACUCAAAAAGAAGCAACUUUACGUGCAUUGAUUCAGCGCACAGGAUAUAGCUUGGUACAGGAAAAUGGGCAAAGAAAAUAUGGGGGUCCCCCUCCAGGAUGGGAAGGCCCACCUCCUGAGAGGGGCUGCGAGAUUUUUAUUGGCAAAUUACCACGGGAUCUUUACGAAGAUGAACUUGUACCAGUUUUGGAAAAAAUCGGAAAAAUAUACGAAUUACGGAUGAUGAUGGACUUUAAUGGCAAUAAUAGAGGAUACGCCUUUGUACUGUUUACCAAUAGACAAGAUGCCAAGAAUGCAAUUAAACAGCUUAAUAAUUAUGAAAUAAGAAAUGGCCGACUCUUGGGUGUGUGCGCAAGUGUAGACAAUUGCCGGCUAUUUGUCGGUGGGAUUCCAAAAACAAAGCGAAGGGAUGAAAUUUUGGCUGAAAUGAAGAAGGUUACGGAAGGAGUCGUUGAUGUCAUUGUGUACCCUAGUGCAGCAGACAAGACCAAAAAUCGGGGCUUUGCCUUUGUGGAAUAUGAUAGUCAUCGGGCCGCAGCUAUGGCAAGGCGUAAAUUGUUACCAGGAAGGAUUCAAUUAUGGGGACAUCCAAUAGCAGUGGAUUGGGCUGAACCGGAGGUUGAAGUUGAUGAAGAAACAAUGUCAUCAGUCAAAAUUUUAUACGUACGUAAUCUUAUGCUACCAACCAGCGAAGAAGCAAUUGAAAAGGAAUUUAAUAGCAUCAAACCAGGCACAGUUGAAAGAGUCAAGAAAAUCCGAGAUUAUGCGUUUGUUCACUUUGUUACCCGAGAAGAUGCGAUUAAUGCCAUGAACAGGAUGAAUGGAAAGGUGUUGGAUGGCUCUCCAAUUGAGGUCACGUUGGCCAAGCCUGUGGAUAAGGACAGUUACGUGCGUUACACCCGAGGCACGGGUGGCAGAGGGGCGUUGCUGCAAGGAGAAUAUACCUACACCUUAGGACAGGUAUACGAUCCUGCAGCUGCCUACCUUGGGGCUCCUGUUUUCUAUGCACCCCAGGCCUACGCUGCUAUUCCCAAUCUGCGUUUCCCAAAUAAGGGGCAUCUCAGUGCAAGGGGGAUGAUACGGGCUCCCUCUGUGAGAGAAAUUUACAUGAAUGUACCUGUAGGGGCUGCAGGAGUUAGAGGGCUAGGAGGACGAGGUUAUUUGGCUUAUACGGGUAUUGGGCGUGGUUAUGCAGGUUACCACGUGAAAGCAGACAAAAGGCAAGAGGAGAAACUUUACGAUCUCUUGCCUGGAAUGGAGCUCACUCCAACCAACCCAGUGACUCUAAAACCACAAGGAAUGAAGCACCCAUCUCAGAUCUUAGAAGAUAUAUGCCAAAAAAAUAGCUGGGGACAACCAGUUUACCAGCUUCACUCUGCCAUUGGACCUGACCAAAGACAGCUCUUCGUAUACAAGAUCACAAUUCCUGCUCUUGCCAAUCAAUACACAAACAUCCAACCAUUCACACCACCCAAACUCUGCACGGCGGUGGAAGAAGCAAAAAGUUAUGCUGCGGAGCAUGUACUUCAAAUCUUAGGUCUUCAUGCUGAAGGUACAGAGCCACCUGCAGCUGCAGCUUUCACAGCAUUCCCAUGUUAUGCUACAGGAUACACAUUAGCAGGUGCGGCAGCUACACAACUGAAACAAGCCGUUGCCCUCGGCCAGGACCUAGCUACAUAUGCCACAUAUGAAGGUUAUCCGGCAUUCGCAGUGCCUACACGCGGAGACACCUACGGAGCAUUCUGAGCAGAAACGGACAAUGACCAGCAGACCGCCAACACACUUUAACAGCAACAAUGGGAAUGCUGAUUUUAAAUUAACAACUAAAUAUAGGAAUAGAUUAAAGAAUGUGAUUAUUCUUAAA